CGUGCGCUGCAGCUUCUAGUCAGUGAGUGGCUGGACACACAAGCAGACCUGUAGUACCUGAGCAGACACUCUGUUGACCUCCCGGAGAACCAGACGCUGAGCUUCAAGUCGCUGAACAUUUCCUGACCAUGCCCCGCUUGCCUGGCAGCGGGCCAGUCGGUACCGUGGUGUGUGUGUGUCUGGUAUCCGCGUGUGAAGCGUUGCGGACAUGCGGUGACGUCCAGUGUGGCGCUGGACAACAGUGUUGCCCCCCUGCAGGCGCGGGGAACGCCACCGCCGGCUCGACCGUGCGCUGCUGCAAACUGCCUAUCCACGUCUUCUUCGACAACGUGGGCUGGUUCACGCGCAAACUCUCCGGGAUCCUCAUCCUGCUGCUACUCUUUGCCAUGGGCUACUUCAUCCAGCGCAUCAUUUGCCCGCGGCCACGCAGACAGCCAACUCCGCAGGACCGCAGCGAGGAUCCCUCCCUGUUCUACGGCCACGCUUCUGCAUCUCAGGACUCUCUUUUGGAACGAUACCCGGAAUCCUACAGCCUGGGGGACAUCGCCUCCCCGAAUCUACCUGCAUACGACGAGGUUAAAUACCUGCCCACAUACGAGGAGAGUAUGCAGGACAUGCACAGGGACCGCUCUGAUGAGCACCUACUCUGUGAGAGCGAUGCGGGCAGCCGGGACAGACAGCGAGCCGGGGACGGCUUGGAGCGCAGGCGGGAUGUCCUGCAUGAGGUGGGACAGCAGCACAGCCCACGGACGUCUCGAAACUCUGUGUGAACCGAAUAUUUUGAACGCGCGCAGUGUUCAUGUGGAGUUUUUGAAGACUUAACGCUCC